GACGCGGCUGCAGUUCCCAUUUUCUCCAUCGGAAAGGGCGCCUCGCGCCAAGCCACUUCCUCUUCCUCCCUGUUCCAGCGGCGCGGGCACCGAUCCAUCUCAGAGAAAAGCUCGGUAACAGGAAGCGCGGAGGCCAGGGUACCGGGCAUCCAGCUCCGGCCCCACGUCCCCGGCGCGCAGCCCGGGAUUCCCAGCUGCCUACGCCCCGCGCUCCCCUCGCCCCGCGCGCGCUCCCACCCGAGCGAGCGGGAGCCGGAGCGGGUGCCGGGGGAGCGAGGGCCCCGCCAGAGUCGGGGGCGCCAUGGAAGUGGAGGAGGCGUUCCAGCUGGUGGGGGAGAUGGGCAUCUACCAGAUGUACUUGUGCUUCCUGCUGGCGGUGCUGCUGCAGCUCUACGUGGCCACGGAGGCCAUCCUCAUCGCGCUGGUCGGGGCCACGCCGUCGUACCACUGGGACCUGGCAGGGCUCCUGGCCAACCAGAGCCACGGCGGCCAGAGGGCUGGUGACGACCGGGCCCUCGGAGCCUGGCUCCUGAGGGCCAAUGGCAGCGAGAUCCACAAGCACGUGCACUUCAGCAGCAGCUUCACCUCCAUCGCCUCCGAGUGGUUCUUAAUUGCCAACAGAUCGUACAAGGUGAGCGCAGCGAGCUCUUUUUUCUUCAGCGGCGUGUUUGUGGGAGUGAUCUUGUUCGGCCAGCUUUCGGAUCGCUUCGGGAGGAAAAAGGUCUACCUCACAGGUUUUGCUCUUGACAUCUUAUUUGCUAUUGCAAAUGGGUUUUCCCCGUCGUAUGAGUUCUUUGCAGUCACCCGCUUCCUGGUGGGCAUGAUGAACGGAGGGAUGUCGCUGGUGGCCUUUGUCCUGCUGAACGAGUGUGUGGGCACCGCCUACUGGGCACUCGCAGGGUCGAUCGGCGGCCUCUUCUUCGCGGUCGGCAUCGCCCAGUACGCCCUGCUGGGGUACUUCGUCCGCUCCUGGAGGACCCUGGCCGUGCUGGCUAACCUGCAGGGAACGGUGGUCUUCCUCUUAUCUCUAUUCAUUCCUGAAUCCCCUCGUUGGUUAUACUCCCAGGGUCGCCUGAGCGAGGCGGAAGCGGCUCUGUACCUCAUUGCCAGGAGGAACCGCAAGCUCAAGUGCACGUUCUCCCUGACGCACCCGGCCAGCAGGGCCCGCAGGGAGACGGGGAGUUUCCUGGACCUGUUCCGGCACCGGCUGCUCCUGAGGCACACUCUGACCCUGAUGUUCAUCUGGUUUGUGUGCAGCCUGGUGUAUUACGGCUUGACCCUGAGUGCGGGUGACCUAGGUGGGAACAUGUACGCCAACCUGGCCCUGUCUGGCCUCGUAGAGAUCCCGUCCUACCCUCUCUGCAUCUACCUGAUUAACCAGAAGUGGUUUGGCCGGAAGCGGACGCUAGCGGCGUUCCUGGGCCUCGGAGGACUGGCUUGUCUCCUCAUCAUGUUCCUUCCAGAGAAGAAAGGCACAGGUGUGUUUGCCGUGGUGAAUAGCCAUUCCUUGUCUCUGCUGGGGAAGCUGGCCAUCAGCGCCGCCUUUAAUGUAGCGUAUAUCUACACCUCUGAGCUCUACCCCACCGUCAUCAGGAACGUUGGGCUUGGAACGUGCUCCAUGUUCUCCCGAGUCGGCGGGAUUCUGGCCCCCUUCGUCCCCUCACUGAAAUAUGUGCAGUGGUCUUUGCCUUUCAUUGUCUUUGGAGCCUCGGGCCUGACCUCGGGCCUCCUGAGUUUAUUACUGCCAGAAACCCUCAACACUCCUCUGCUAGAGACGGUUUCUGACCUUCAGGUGUAUUCAUACCGGAGGCUGGGGGAGGAAGCUCUAUCUUUACAGACCUUGGAUACCCCGCAGUCCGUGGACAAGGAGGGCGCUUUCGGGAGUGAGAGCGAAGAGGAAGAGUUUUACGAUGCCCAUGAGGAGACUCAGAUGAUCAAGUGAAAAGCCCCAGACCCCUCCUCUGAAGCAGCAGACCGCCGUUUGUGCCUCUGGCCAAGGCAGGCCCUGCCGGGAAGCCUGAGAGCGCUGGGGAAGGAUGGGCUUGAACAGGUGGGGAAAGCGCUCAGCUCCCAGACUGACUUUCCCUGGCCCAGAGCGAGUUGGAGAGGAGAUUUCAUGAGCGAGGCCAUCCCUGCACUGAGGACAUAGACAUUACUUGGUCGAACAUUCAGGUUUACCUCAGAGUCAUGACCUCUGGCCAGACAGCUCAAAUCCACAUGCCAGAGUGGCAAGCUGGUUUGCUUCUAGAAGUUUGAUUGGGUUGCUUUUCCUUCAUCAUGACCUAAAGGCAGAUAUGUAAAAAAAAAUUCUUUUUCUCACAGUUUUCGGGGGUUGAGCUAAACACCCUUAAGAUUGAAUGGUUAAGCCGUUAAGAUUCAUCUUCCCACCAUACUGGAUCUACCCCCUUCCCAGCUGCUCCUCACCAUGAAUCUCUGGAGGCAGUGUUGGUAAGAGCGGAGCAGAAGCGCUGCGUGUGGGCGGCCCCAGACCCGCCAGCCUCGCCCCGAUGAAGCCCCAGUGCUCCGCCCGGUUCCCAGCCUCCGGGCUGGCCUGAGCUCCCGGCGCCUUCCGCCCCACGGGCCACCCUCUGGGAAAAGCCCACGGCUCCCAAGCAGCUUUCUCAGUUGGAGGCGUGGCCGAGACUCCCCGUUAGCUCCCUUCCACGCUCAGAUUGUGCAAUGUCUUCAGUUCCUGCUUGUGUCCACCUCUCGAAAAAUUGCCAUCUCAGGUUCUAGUACCAGCAAUAGCUUCAGAGUCGUCCCCAGUCAAUGACGAAGUUUUAUGGAGGUGGAGGACAGGUUGAAAAAUGACACGUUGAGCACGUGGCUGUUGGGGGUGUGGGGGAGAGGGUGCUGUUUUUAAUAAGGAAGAAAAUUAUCUUCCACAAUAUUACAGUCUGUCUGGUUUUCAGUGUCGUGCAAUGCGGAACUUGGGCAACGGGUAAGAAUCUGAACCCUUCUUGUCCGAGAUCUGUCCCUACCUGUUCAGUCAAAUGGAAGGCACAGUAAUUGCAUAGGCAAUUUUGGUUUUUCAUGAAGUACUAACAACUUGCAAGUAGAUCAAAAUCAUACUUAGUUCCCUCAAGUCGUGUGCUGAAAAGAUCUGUUUCCCCACGAAACCUGAAGGUUCUCUCGAAUCGGAGCGCUAACCUGGAGUCAGCGGGCUUGGUCAGCCUUGCUUUAAGCUACUUUCCCAACCAGGAAAAUGUCUGCAUUUUCAGAAUUCCCAUUUCUAUGAAUCUCUUGGAGGAAAAGAUAUUGCAUUAGAGUAAAAGGAAGACACCACCAUGACCGCCUCCAGAAAUCGUGGAGGCAUCACCCCGGUUGGCUCCAAUGCUCCCCUGCUGUCUUCCACUUUGCCCUCUCGGUUCACACUGCGUCGGGCUCCAUGUUUGCUGAAGCACGUUUAUGUUCUUUAUGCCCCUGACUACGUAUCGCACCCUUCAUAAGUAGGGGCCAUCUCUACUACUUUUUCUCUCUGCUGUGCCCAGAACUUGGGCCUCGACAGCAUACGGACUAGUAAGUAUCGCUGUUUCUAGCCAUCAGGGAAAUUAUGCAGUGCUUCCCAGGAUCAUUUUUGUAAAGCCCAGGCAGACCUGGCCCAGACCCCCAUGCUGUGGAAUCUGGCUUGUCUUUCUCCGGAAAUGAAGACUCUGCCCACGGCCACGAGUGGAAAAGAAGGAGAAUUUAUGAGGACUCUUAGACGCUCCUCUUCAACGGUCGGGACAUUAACAGUAAAACAGCAAACUAACACACGUGAGAUUUGGGGUUGGUUGGAGCUCUCUUUGCAUUGUAAGAGUAACACAUCCCACUAUAGAAAAUUUAGAAACUAGGAUUUAAACACUUUAUCACUCAUAGGCCCAACACCCCGAGGCAACCAGUGUUUUGCCUUUGUUCUGUCUGAGGACCAGUUAGGCAUCUACCUCCGUGUUGGCACUAGGGUUCCCUCUGCCCCUGGCUAAAUAAAUGAGCAUUCUAUUCAUCCCAUCCCGGGGUAUCCUUUUUUCCAACUGUGGGAUGGAAGAAGCGGGGAGGGACACACAGUUUGGACACAUGUUACUUAAUAAGGGCGGGCAGGCUAUCGGCUGCCCACGUCAGAUGUGUUGCUCAGUUUUGUUUCUUUCCGGAUCUUUUAGCAAAGUUUAAUAAUGAUUAUUUUUUUCAUUCCUCUGCCUUUUAUAAAAACAGCUUUUUUUCUUUUGUAGUAACUGUUGAAGAAUGGUGGAUUGUAGAGAAUGUGCGUAUGUGUACUUUGUGUUAUUACAUUUUUGGAAGGCUUUUCCGUUCUAGGCAGCAUGUUGAGCCCAGGCCUAAACUGGGUCGGGGACAAUGAUGUCACUGUGCUCCACCUCCGCAUCUCAUCCCACUGGAAGGUCCUUCCACUGGGGCGGAACAGACGCAGCCGGCAUCCCCUGGGAUAACAGUGCCUUCUUUGGAAACGCCUCCUGGAAAACCCGCCUGGGGCUCUUCUUGAGGAGGUGUUACUCUUUCCAGAAACAUGUCCAUGACAAUUUGCGUGGUCUCUGUUUUUUCCAUCAUAGAUUUGCCGGUCAGCCAAUAAUGCCCAUUGAACACUCCUCUCUGUUGACAGCUAUGACGUCACUUGGUGACGGACCUGUUUCAGCUCCACUAUAGUCUUAUGGGGCCGCCACUGAUGACCAAAACAUCAUUGUGUGGCAUGUGACUGUAUGUGUAAAUAUCUGUGUGUGUGUGUGUGUUUAUAAAACUUUCAUGAAACAGUACUUAUUUUUGGUAGGCCUACUAACAAUUUAUAUUUUGUUUUAUUUCAUUUUAUGAAUGCUAUUUGUGAGCCACUAACAGAAUGCAGCCCAUAGCUUGAAACCCACUCAUCACUGCUCUGUCCUGCAAAGGCUUUAGAGCCUAAGUGCACAUUUCCCAAAGUGCUUUCAGCUGGGUGUCCAGGUGCAGCCGCAUUUCCAUCAGACAGAGACGGAAUCUGGGAGGCAGGAGUGCGGUGAGGCCGUCCGUGGAAUGUGUUGGUUUCUUCCCACUGGGGUCCAGGCAUUCAGCUCCGCUGAGUCAGUUUCAGCAGCCAUGUUGGCAGCAGAUUUUAAUAUUGAUUAAAAUCUUAACAAGAGUGUAGGUAGACAAAGAACAAGAUAGGACAAAGCUAGAGCAUGAUUUCAACAUAGAGCCUAACAAAAGAAUUUCAAUAUUCAUAUGGAAAAGUAAACAUUGAAAAAAUAGCCAAGACAAUGCAGAAAAACAAGAACAAACAGACCGGAUUUGAAUCCCCAUAUCCUGAAACUCCCGAAGCCAUAGUCUUGGGGCCACCAUAAGGAAGUAUCCAGCAGAACAUGAUAGAGGCUCCGGCACGAAACCAGGCAUGCAAAUGUUUUUUUGAAGAUAGUGUGACGAAUCAGUGGGAAAACAGCUAACUAUUCAAUGAUUGAUGUGGGAACAACUGGGUUUCCAUCUCGAAGAAAAUAAAGUAGGUUCUUUCCUCUCACCAUAACAAAAAUAAAUUCCAAAUGAGUUAAAGGCCUAAAUGAAAAAAAAUGCAAAACUUUCCCACUAUUUUAAACUGAUAGAAGAGAAUAUAUUUAUGACCUUGGGGGAUAGAUGGGUUUCUCAGACAAGAAAUAAAAAUCACAAAUCAGUU